CAAUUAUGAAGCGAACAAAAGGAAUCCCAAUCCACUUACGACGAUUUUUCUCUCUCUCUCAUCUCUAUUCUCAGCUACCUAAUCACCUCGCACAAGUCUCUUCCAUGGUGCUAAUUUGACAUUCAAUAUUUCCUCCAAAUUAAAACAUGGUUGCCGCUUUGCUUGUUAACCCUAAUUUGUCCACACCCUUCCUUGGCUCUAAACUUUCUUUGCGCCAGAAUUUAAGGAAUUUAGCGACAUAUGGAGUUAAUUUUAGGCUACCUAGGUGUGCAGUAGAUUCCCCUUAUGAAGGCAAUGUGUCAAAGUUUCCAAGGGUGAAUGUGUGGGAUCCUUAUAAGCGCCUUGGCAUAAGUCCGUAUGCUGCUGAGGACGAAAUAUGGAGUUCUCGCAAUUUUCUUGCACAGCAAUACGCUGGAGAUGAGAGAAGUGUGGAGUCUAUAGAGGCUGCAUUUGAGAAACUCCUGAUGAGAAGCUUUUGGGAGAGAAAGAAAACAAAGAUCAACCUGAAGACAAGGUUGAAGAAGAAAGUUGACGAAUCUCCUCCUUGGGUGAAGAAUUUGCUCAGCUUUGUCGAGCUUCCUCCAACUGUCAUUAUUCUCAGAAGAUUGUUUUUAUUUGCAUUCAUGGCUUGCUGGAGUAUAAUGAAUUCUGCUGAAGGUGGACCAGCUUUCCAGGUGGCUCUCUCUCUCGGAGCUUGCAUAUACUUCCUAAAUGACAAGACGAAGAGCUUAGGGAGGGCAGCUAUUAUUGGAUUUGGAUCCCUUGUGGCUGGUUGGCUAUGCGGUUCUUGUCUGGGUCCAAUGGUACCAGCAGCUAUAUUACCGACUACUUGGACUCUAGAACUCCUUACUUCGUUGGGAGUAUUUGUCUCAUUGUUCCUUGGUUGUACCUUUCUUAAGUAAAACAUACAUGUUUUCGCCAUUGAGGAUUUUGAAUUCUCAAUGUCUUGGAAGCUGAUGUAAGUCCAUGUUUCACUUAGUGGUAAUAAUCAUUUGGAUUUCUUCUA